AGUGCUGUAGAAAAGUAAAUAGUAGAGCCUUUUAGUUUUACUUAGGCUUAUGUGAAAAUCAUAACUUUCCACAAGUACCAUAACAAUUAACAUAUGAAACGAACAACAACCAGAACAAGGAACUAUUUGAAGGAGAAGUUAAAAACACCUUUCCGAUCCUUGAACUCUCUCGCAUUUACAAACAUAUUUAGGCACCGAAUUCCUUGUGGAUCUGUGGCUUUGCUGGUUACAGGAUCCUGAGCAUGGUGUCAUGAAUCCAGAAACUUUGAGAAAUAUGAAUAAGUGGCAAAAAAAGUCGGGGAAAAUAGAAAAAGGGCCAACUAUUGUUGGAGAUGCUAAUUCUGAUGUGCAGCUCAUGAACUAUCUUGGGGCCAAAAAAGUCUUACAACAAGGAAAUGAUUAUUACCAGUACUGUUGUGAUCACACUCCUCGUCUUGUACUCAACAAACUGGAAGAGUUAGGCUACCGUGUAGUAGCAAUGACAGGAAUUGGACAGACCUGCAUUUGGACACUUCAUAAAGAGAGCUGAAAUAUCAAACAAGAAGAUACUUCUUUUAUCAUUUUUGUGACCAAGAGAUGACAUCAAAAGAUGGUGGCCCAAUAGUAAUUUCACACAGAAAAUAGUAGCUCUGCAAAAGAAAAUGAUAAAAAAUUCUGGAUAAAAGUUUUAUCACAUUACAAAUUAAAGUGUUUUAGCAUUACUUUUAAUAGUUGAACUUAUUAACUUUUAUGCAACUUCCUUCUUUUAUGAACAUUGGAUUGAAAGAUACAGAUAGUAUAAAAAAUGUUUUUAUACAGUGCACUAUUGAACUUAAAAACACGAAUGUGAGGUUACUAUAUGGUUACCCCCCCCCAAAAAAAAGCAAUUAUUUUAGCCUGUUGCAUAAAUGUUCUGUUUUAGAUAACUUUUUAAUAUUUUUAUCAUGUUUUUCUUUUAUGAAUGAAAAUAACAUGGGACUUGGCAAUGUUAUUUCUAAAGUUAGUUUAUUUUUGUAGGUAAUAAAAUGCAUUUGAAAGAAA